AUCUUUGCUACGGUUUGUACAGUUUUAUCCUAUUUUACGUUUAAUGUUUAGUUCCUCUACAAUUGCGAUCUGAACGCGGUGACGUAGUGAGAUACGUCAAGAACUACCUGGGAUACACUUCAGAAUAAAUUUAAGGAGAUAACAUGGCUGCACCAACGCAAGGGGAAGACAGCGACGAUGGCAUGGACGAAUUUAUGGAGAAGUUUAAAACACAGAAAUACCAUAAUGCGUUCAACGAAAGCAACUGGGAGGAGGAGUUUGAAAAAGUUCCCAUGUUCAUGAAGACAGCGCCAGAAAACAUUGACCCAGAGAAACACCCUGAUCUCGCCUGUAUCCAGCAUAUUAUCCACGAUGAUGACAGAACUCCUGAAGAGAAAGCCAGAAGUCUCAAGGAUGAGGGGAAUGAAUACUUCAAGGAGAAGAAGUACAAGAAAGCUGUUGUUUCCUACACAGAAGGAUUGAAAACGAGCUGUGUGAAUCCUGAACUCAAUGCCGUUUUGUACACCAACCGUGCAGCUGCACAUUUCCAUUUAGGAAAUAUGCGUUCGGCUUUAAAUGAUGCCACAGCUGCAAAAAAAUUGAAGCCAGACCACAAUAAAGCCAUUAUAAGAGGAGCACAGUGCUUGCUGGAGCUGCGUAAUUACGCUGGAGCGUUACAGUGGUGUGAUGAAGGUCUAAAGUUGUUUCCCACUGACAAGAAACUACAGGAGCUGAGAGCCACAGCUGAUAAACAGAAGAGAGAAGCUGACAGAGAUGCCAGGAAGGCGAAGGUUAAAGCGAAGAAGCAGCAGAAUGAGAAAGAAGCAUUGUUAGCUGCCAUUAAGGAGCGAGGAAUUAAACUCCUGAAGACAGAAAAGCCUCCUCACAGGGCUUCAGACAGCGAGGAUGAGGAUAGAGAUGAAGACACCUCUAGGGCUCUGGCUGAUCUUCAGCUUGAUGGAAUCAGCUCACAGGAGGCAACAGGCGCUCGGGUUUAUAUGGAUGAACAGGGUGUCCUUCACUGGCCAGUGAUGUUCCUUUAUCCUGAGCACAGCCAGACAGACUUCAUUUCUGCUUUCUCAGAGAACGCCAGCUUCAUAGAUCAUUUGGCGGUGAUGUUUGGUGAAGAGCUUCCUCCCUGGGAUAUAGACCAAAAAUAUCAGCCACAGAAUCUGCAGAUGUUCUUUGAAGAUCCUGAAAAAGGAAACCUUUAUCAAGUUGAUCUUCAAGAGUCACUUCUUAGAGUUCUACAGCACCAAAGGUGCUCGGUGAAGGCAGGAACUCCUAGUUUCAUUGUGCUGGUAUCAGAAUCUCCGUUUUCUAGGCAGUUCUUAUCAGGAAAAAAGGUGCAGAGAUUAAAAUUAUUGAAAUGAUCUGGAAUGACCUUAAAAGUCUUUAAAUGCCUUUGUCAUUAUUCAACCUACUACUAUAAAAAAACAUUGCUGCUCUCACACCUCUUAAGAAAACUCCCCCUUGAACUUUGAGGUGCAGUUCUUCUCCUCCAUAUCAGUGAUUUAUUCUUAUUAAAAAUGUUCCACCAAUUUUCUAUUACUGUAAUGUCAACCGAAUCACUGAUUGAGAUCAGCUAAACUUUGCAGUACUUUUGAUGGAUGACAAUGCAUGGCAGUUUUUUUUUUUUCAACAUGUUAGUAUUUUACUGAAGUAUUUACCAUUUUUACUAUGGCACUCUGGAUUUACAGCAAUAGCCCACCACCGAAAAAAAAGACAUUUCUGUCAUCAUUAAUCCUACAAACUUUGCUUUGUAGAACAAAAAGAAAGAUUUUUUAAGAUUGUUAACUUUUUGUUAGUUCUACAGAAGGCUUACAGUUUUGAAAUAUUGUAAAGGUAAACUAUCAUAAAAUUUCCACCAAAUUAUCAUGUUUUUGGGUGGAGAUUUUUUUUGUUGCUACAUUUCUUCUUAUGGUCACUUGUUAGACCUAAUUAUGUUAAAAGCAACACAUUUUUACACUGUGAUAUAGUUUUCAUGCAAUUUCAAUAAACCAUUUGCACCCG